AUGAAGGUUGGUCUUCUGUGCAUCGUUCUGCUCUGCGGGGUCCUGCUUGCUCAGGCCAGACCAAAGGGACCAAAGAAAGGUGGAGAAAAAGAUGAUUCAGAGAUUGAUCUUCUUGAGCGUAUGCUGGAUGAGUUAGAGGAAAAUGCCAAAGAUGAGGACGAAGACAGACGAAGACCUCCCCCCAAGAAAGAUGACGGAGAUGAUAAGAAAGGUGGCAGACGAAGACGUCCCAAGAAAGACGGUGAUGAUGAUAAAGAUGGUAAACGAAGACCUCCCAAGAAAGAGGAUGGAGAUAAUGAAGACAAUGAUAAACAAAAGCCACCAAAAAAGGAGGAACGUGAAAAUGAAGGACCCCGUCGUAGACCACCACCAAAGGAGGAACGUGAAAAUGAUGAGGAAGGUGGCAAACGAAGACGUCCCAAGAAAGAUGGUGGAGAUGAUGAGGAAGAUGGUAAACGGAGACGUCCCAAGAAAGACGGUGAUGAUGAUAAAGAUGGUAAACGAAGACCUCCCAAGAAAGAGGAUGGAGAUAAUGAAGACGAUGAUAAACAAAAGCCACCAAAAAAGGAGGAACGUGAAAAUGAAGGACCCCGUCGUAGACCACCACCAAAGGAGGAACGUGAAAAUGAAGAAGGACCCCGCCGUAGACCACCACCAAAGGAGGAACGUGAAAAUGAUGAGGAAGGUGGCAAACGAAGACGUCCCAAGAAAGAUGGUGGAGAUGAUGAGGAAGAUGGUAAACGAAGACGUCCCAAGAAAGACGGUGAUGAUGAUAAAGAUGGUAAACGAAGACCUCCCAAGAAAGAGGAUGGAGAUAAUGAAGACGAUGAUAAACAAAAGCCACCAAAAAAGGAGGAACGUGAAAAUGAAGGACCCCGCCGUAGACCACCACCAAAGGAGGAACGUGAAAAUGAUGAGGAAGAUGGUAAACGAAGACCUCCCAAGAAAGAGGAUGGAGAUAAUGAAGACGAUGAUAAACAAAAACCACUAAAAAAGGAGGAACGAGAAAAUGAAGAAGGACCCCGUCGUAGACCACCACCAAAGGAGGAACGUGAAAAUGAAGAAGGACCCCGCCGUAGACCACCACCAAAGGAGGAACGUGAAAAUGAUGAGGAAGGUGGCAAACGAAGACGUCCCAAGAAAGACGGUGGAGAUGAUGAUAAAGAUGGACCCCGCCGUAGACCACCACCAAAGGAGGAACGUGAAAAUGAUGAGGAAGGUGGCAAACGAAGACGUCCCAAGAAAGACGGUGGAGAUGAUGAUAAAGAUGGUAAACGAAGACCUCCCAAAAAAGAAGAUGGAGAUAAUGAAGACAAUGAUAAACAAAAGCCACCAAAAAAGGAGGAACGAGAAAAUGAAGAAGGACCCCGCCGUAGACCACCACCAAAGGAGGAACGUGAAAAUGAUGAGGAAGAUGGUAAACGAAGACCUCCCAAGAAAGAGGAUGGAGAUAAUGAAGACAAUGAUAAACAAAAGCCACCAAAAAAGGAGGAACGUGAAAAUGAAGAAGGACGCCGCCGUAGACCACCACCAAAGGAGGAACGUGAAAACGAAGAAGGACGCCGCCGUAGACCACCACCAAAGGAGGAACGUGAAAAUGAAGACGAUAACCGACGAAAACCUCCAAGGAAAUGUAAUGGAGAUGAUUAAGAUAGUGAUUGACAAAAA